UAUCAGUUGACAGCAACCAGUGCAUUCAAGAUACUGGAGACCGGUGUUCAUGCUUCUACCAAGGAUUUCGUUGUAAGGUAACUUCCCAAGUUUUAUUGAUUACUUCUUAUAAUAAUAACAAACAAUCAAAAUAUUUUCAAAGAAGUUCCUCUUUUAGUAAAAGUGAUACCAAUCAUAAAAGUUAAAGCGUUUAAUUUGUGUGACUGCGUUACAAGUCUGUAAAAUCAAGGUUCACGUAUAACAUGAAUAUUAAAGAACAAUAAAAAAUAUUUUUGAAUAUGACAAUUAUUAAGAUUUUUACUGACUUUUAUCUGCAUACGCGUGAUUCUAUGUUGUAAAGUUAUGGCAGAAUUUCAUUUUCCUAAGUUUCUCGAAACUGUAAACUGAAAUAUACAAAGCAGGUCAAUGUGAAGAAUGUAUUUCGUGUCGGAAAAAUACAAACAAAGUAUGACAUUAAAGUGAAAUCCCUCGCAUAGAAUGAUCUUCACGUAUACAUAUAGGUACAAUAAUGUGCGCGAGUUACAUAAUGUGCCCUACGCCGUACGCAGAACAGGCUUUCGCGGUUGACUCGCGCGCCUCGAGGGCAUCAGUCUCGUGCCGACCAGUGAGGUGAUAACAGGUCUGUUUCGACUUGCAGCGAAGCAAAUUUUGGCUGUCUUACGGAGGAAUUUCGAUUCUUUUUUCCUUAAUUCAGAUUAUUUUGUGCUUUUUCAUUUUUGGCUAUUGCUGAAGUACAGCUUGGCGUAAAUUCAUGAAGUAUACAAGUGAGAAAACUUGGAAGACGUAUAUACUGCAAAAGUUGGUAAAAAAUUACAGUAGACAGUGCAGAUUAUACGUUUUUCGAACUUUGUCAGUGAUCAGUUCAAAAUGAAGUCGAAAAUAAUCAAACCGAUGAACAUCAUUAAGAACGACAAAAACUACAGAAAUUUUUUGAAAUCGAUCAUGAAACUCAGACCGAGCGAAGAAUUUUUGAAACGUGGGUUAACUGAAACAGAAGUUGAAGAAAUUGUGAGGCCUUUCUACAAAACUCUUACUGAAGUACGCUUGGCUGGUUACACCGUUUGGGUGCAGAGUAACAAACUAAACAUUGUAAAGGAUAUUAAGAGACUAAAAAAGAAUUCAUCGAGAGUUAUUGCACCCGACAAUGCUCUCAAGGCUGAGACAUUUGAUAAUUUCGUUAAAGCGAUCAAAGAACUUAAAAAGAGUGGCUUGAAGUACGCCAUGGAACGUUAUGAUGAAAUCGCUAAAAAGGUAUACGGAGAUCUAAAGAGAUCAAUGUACGUGAGACAGUACAUUAAGAAAAAUUUAAGGGAUCUCAGAAAGAGUAUAAUCGUAACUGAUGAAAAUGAAAGUGACAGCAAAGACGAUAAUGUCUCAGUACAUUCAAUGGACUCUAAUGAUAGCCGUAGCCAAAGUAGCCGUUUAAGUCAAAAAAUUGUUGAAGGCUUUUCCAAUAAUGCAAGGCAUUCCACGCCAAAAAGAUCCCGAAUUUCACCCGACACCAUGGAGGUCGACACGGACACGUUACCGCAAAUUCAUAGUAAAGGUGUUGAUGCUGAAAGUAAAAAAGGAAAUGAUAGCGGUUUCAACACGAAUCCGACAUCGUCUGGAAUUAUGACGGAUAUCUCAGCCAGAAGCGAACAGGCUGACGGUGAUCAUGAACAAGUCGAGACUGAUUUGUCGACGAAUGGUGUCCAAAAGAAAAGUGAGACUGGACCAUCAUUCGAAGUCUCAUCAGAUGCUAUCGCAGAAGAUUGCAGCGACGACCACCACAUUCCUACAGCAGAUAGAGCAGAAGCUGUUUCAGCCAACCAAAUCCGCAGCAAUCGUGAUGCCCAUAAAAGGAGUAGCAUCAGUAAAAUAUCUAAAAAGACGCCAAAACGAUUUGUCCAAGAUGAAAUUAAAAGUCCUAGCGAUAGCGGCAAAAUCACAAGUUCUAGAAAUAAACGCUUUAAGUCAGCAACUAAUGAAUUCGCUGCCUCACCAAGGAGUGCUGAGAAGAAUUCAUACGCAUACCCUGACACGUCAUCUGCUAACAUACGAGGUAACGAUGAUAGCGAACGCAGUGACAAUUUCAUUGCUUUGAUUCGUAUAGACACGAACUCAUUAGCAAGAGUACGAAAAAGUUCUAUGAGUACUGAUCAUGAUGACUUCGUUACAGCAGAUGAGUGUCACCCCCAAGUAUUGAACAAAGAGAAUUCAGGCCGAGAUUCGGGGGGCAGCAGUUCUAGUUAGUAACAAGUUCGUCAAACGAAGUGUGUACGUAUAUGUUGCUGAAAUUGUAAGCAAAGUAAAUGAGUAGAUUAAGCGUUUAUUUUUUGGAUCCUUGUUAGCGACGUUUAAAUGUUUACUUAUGUUGACAGUCAAAAUGUUGUAUAUUUAUGAGUGCGUAAAAAAACAUAUUGUAUUAUGUUCAGGUUUCUAGUUAUUAUUGUAACUAUUUAAAGUAUUGCGACUUUAAUUUAUUUUUCAAUUUUGUUGAAAAUAUUUGUUAAUUUCAAUGAUGUGUAUUAUAUAAGUUGAAUUAAUUAAUCAUAGAAUUAGUUUACGUUGUUGCUUGAGUUACAAGCACGUUUUGAAUGUUUAAAAUACAUAUUGCAUAUACGUUGUUCAGAAUAUUCUUUAUUUUUAUUAUACACUUUACGAGAUGCAACAAAUCUCACAAUAUUUAUAACUAUAUAUAUAUAUCACGUUCGCGAUGCAUCUAAAACGGCGAUGGAUCAUAUUAUAUGCAUUCGAUCGAAUCACUGUAGUUGUAUCUCGGAUAUCAAACUCAUCGUGUGUUUGUUGUCGAUCUUUUUAAGUGAAUCAUUUAUAACUUACACUUCUAUGGGUUUUGUUAUUUUAAAACAUCUGAAUGUUGCAAACAGAUCAAAUCUUAACCCCAAAGUUCAAAGUUUCAUAGAAGAUUCACUAAAAAUUCACAAGUAAUCUAAUACAGCUCUAUAAAGCACUAAUAAAAAAACAUCUAUUU